GGAGGCGUUCCUGAGAGGCCCCCAGGCCCGCGUGGCGACGCUCUAGCCGCCGUUUCCUUCAGGCAGCUGGGACGGCCUCGCCGCCGGCGGGGCGUUGGCAAGCUCUCGGGCCGGGAGAAAGCCGCUUCGGUUCACGCAGCGGGUAUGGCGCGGCUCCCGGAGCUCGCCGUCUUCGAUCUGGAUUUUACGCUCUGGCCGUUCUGGGUGGACACGCACGUGGACCCCCCGUUCCACAAGAGCAGAGAUGGGACUGUGCGCGAUAGACGAGGCCACCCAGUCCGACUGUACCCAGAGGUGCCUCAGGUCCUAGAACGGUUGCGGGGUUUCGAGGUGCCCGUCGCGGCCGCUUCCCGGACAGGUGAGAUUGAAGGAGCCAACCAGCUACUGGAGCUUUUUGACCUUGUCAAAUACUUUGUUCAUCGGGAAAUCUAUCCAGGCAGUAAAGUCACACACUUUGAGAGGUUGCAACAGAAGACUAGAAUUUUUUUCUCCCAGAUGAUCUUCUUUGAUGAUGAGAAGAGGAAUAUCAUAGACGUCAACAAACUGGGUGUUACCUGCAUUCAUGUCCAGAAUGGAAUGAGUCUUCAGACCCUAACUGAAGGAUUAGAGGUAUUUGCAAAGGCCCAAGCUGGACCCUGAGGUCCAGUCCUCAGGAUGAAGAUGAGCCUCAGUGGAGGCAUAAAACUGAAAGGCGACCAAGAAAGCAUUUUCAGGUGUAUUUGUAAAUUAUUAAAAUGUAUUUAUGUGUGGCAGAGAGAUCUCACCCACA